AUCGUCCACUGACAGAUGUGACAAUAUUUUUGUUGUGCCGCAAAUGUGAUUUUUUCAUGAAAGUUAAUUUAAAUUAAUUGUUUUUGUGUACGCCGAAAUGAUACGGAUUGCGGCGUUAAAUGAAGAAUCGCAUAGUAGUGGCAGUGAAGAUGACAACGAACCAACAGUUACCAAGGAGGCGCAAGAAACAAUAGCAGUGUCUGAAUAUGUUCGAGCUCUGAAACUAAAGACCGAUAACUGCAAAGAAGAUGCGUGCAAGUUGUUUCUUGAACUUUUGGACACGGAAGUAUUGCAUAAUGUCAGCAACGAAAAGAAAGACAAACUCUUUUCGGUUAAGUACAAUUGCUACAAGAAUUUAGGCUUUAUUUACAUCGAGACGGGCGAUUCGGACAUGGCGCUAAAGUACUUACUGAACGCAUAUGAAUUGGAUGAUACGGACGUGUUUACCAUGAACAAAUUGGGUCAAUUGGCACUGCGGAUGAAAAAGUUUGAAAUUUCCCUAAUUUCGUUCGAAAAAUGUCUGGUACAAAAUCCGAACCAUUGGCCGUCUCUGGAUGGCAUUUUGAAGAUUUUGUGUUUGAAGGAAAACUAUUGCGAAGCGUAUGGAUGGGCAUUGCUUUGCUAUAAUAAGGACAAGACUUAUGAAUUGGCCGUGAAUGUUAUCCUAGAGGUUCGAAGUAAAUUCAAGAGUAUGGGGCUGGAUUACAUAGAGAAUUGCUUCAAAAUUAAGUUCACCGACUUCAACUUGAAGAGAACCAGCACAACUAGUGUAUUCCCUGACUAUGUCGAGCAUAUGGAACCAGAAGAAAUUCAACCAAAUUUCUCCGAAUUCAAGUUGAAUGAGCUGACCUGGAUGUCUACUGGUCAAUUUAUUGUUGAUCUGUAUACAGCGUUUGAAGAUAACGGCUGGGGAAAACACACCGUCAUGUCAUUUAGUGACUUGAUUUCGGGUGCCACUGUCACUGAUGAUAACAAUCAGCAAUGUCCACCAGAAAAUGAACCACAACGCGAAAACGUUGACGAUGUUGCCAGUAAUGCUCCAACGCCAACUCCAACAAUGGAAAACAUUUCGGAUGAAGAUAAGGAAAAUUCAAACUCAAAUGAGGGUGCCAAAUCGUCUGCCGAUCAAAAAGUCUUAUUGUCAGCUGACGGUAGCGCAGAUGACAGUGACGCAACGAAACAGAACGAUGUGAAUGGCAAAUCGAAACAGUCCCGGCGACGAGGAAGUGAUCUUAAGUUUCUGGAGCAAUGGGGUUGGCAUAAAACGAAGAAGGCGCCGGUUCAGAGACGAAAGAAUGUCGAACAGAAUGAUGGCGAAUCGACGAUCAACGGGAUUUUGAGACGGAUUUUGUCGAAACAUUUCGAACAAAAUUUCGACGAAGAACCAGUUUUUCAAAAUGAAAGCGUUGAUUGUAGUCCAUCAGAUCCGACUGAAACACUUUCGGUUUCUCAACCGUUGGAAGUUACCUCGGACGAUUUUCAAAUUGCUACGCAAAAUUUGUUCGAUGAAUUCAUCGCAGAGGUCAAGAAAGAAAAUUUCAGCAUCAUCACAUUAGUCUUAAAAUGGUUAAAGUAUGUGUCACUGUUCUGGAGUCAAACUAUGCCGAAAGACUUGCUAGACAUCUACCUCAAACUCUAUCCGUGUUACCUAAAUCAUUUUGAUCUGUGCACAUGGAAUCUCUUGGAUAAGAACGACUUUCAGGCAGCAUUUCGUAUGGCACUGUUUUAUCUGGAAUUAUUUCACGAUAACUGUACAAGUCGUCAUGGACACGAGAUCAAUGAUCAAUGGUUGCGCCUGUACCAUCACAUAAUAUUCCAAUCAGGAUUCUUCGAAGUGAGCAACGAUGAGGAUCUUGUUGUGUUCGCUGAAAGUCGUAUUCGUGUGUUGUGGUUGCAGUUUUGCUUAAGCAAAUAUGAAAACGAUCUGCAGAGAGCGGUUCAUUGCGUGUACGCUGUUGACGAGCUUAUCACUGAGCGGCCGACUCCAUUUACACUGAUCUUUCCCAAUCAAAAGCAAAAUAAGAAAAUUGAUUUGGACACUUGCAAGGAAUUGGAAAAAACGUUCGAAAGAACCAUAAGCUUGCACAGCGUCAACAAAUUGUAUCACGAGAAAAGUUUCAAUCAACUCAUCACUAUAUUGAAGAACACCAUACUCACACAAGCCACCCGGAAGUCAGACGACUACGAUUCACCCGUUCGGCUAUCGACCCAAAUUGAAGUAUUUUUGGAAUGUUUGUGGAACAAUGAAUCGUUCGAAGAUUGUCUCGUGUGGUCGGAAAAGUUUCUGAAAUUCGCUGCUGAUACGUACCUAGCAGCUCCGAGCGACACAUUUCGACAAACGGAAUGGGGGGAUUUGGUCACCUACAUCCUGACCUACAUCGAGGCGCUGGUCAAUCAAGAAUCCAACGAAAUCUUUCUCUGUUUGGACAAGUUUUACUCGCGUCUAAUUCAGAAUUUGUCGAAAAUUGUUGUGAAUCAGUUGGAUGUGCCAUAUGAUAAGAACGGUAGUCGCACGCACCCUGUAUCUACAAUGCUUCCUUGGACUAUACUGUACCAUAUACUUCAAAGAGAAGAAGAUCUGCAACCGGUCGCUCGAAUGAACAUUGACGAUGAGCAUGAAGAUGAAUCGCUGGAAGAAUGUAUUCCGAAAUCGUUAAUGAUCUUCUUUACGGCGCAUGAUUUCCUAGGCCGUCACCGAUUAUGCACAAAUCAUAAUGGAGGGCUACUUCUGUUCACAUUGGAUAUUGUUGCACCCAGACUGCGUGCACCGAAUAUGGAACAGUUUCGUGAUGUCAUUGCUGAAUACUUGGAACAAGUCACAUAUUGCCUGUACGGUUAUCCUUCGAAGAAAGCCAGAUCGAGGCACAUCGGGAAACAUGAUGCCAUCAAUAUUGAAUUGGAUUGGCAGCGUGGAAUGCAAUUGUUUGACAUCUAUCGGCCCGAUAAUUUACCGGAAUUUAAUUCGUACAAGAACGAUUCAAUUUCAAGCGAACAUGAGCAACUGCUGCAACGAAUUGUCGCACUAAUUCCGAAUGAUGUCGAUCCGACCGGUCACACCGAAGCUAUUCGUAAUUUUCUAGCAGGAACCGAAAAGGAAAUGCCACAGCCAUUUCGGCUGUUACCUCAUCGUGUCCACUGCAUUUAUUAUCUGUUGGCUGACUACUACUUCAAGAACCGGGAUAUGGUGCGUUCGGUGAAAUAUUACGUAUUAGAUCUGACAAUAUGUCCAACGAGGUUCGAUUCCUGGGCCGGACUGGCCUUGUCAAAAGCUAGCAUUUUAGAAGUGAAACUGAACUCGUGUUCGUCUUUCUGCACUAAAGAAUUCGUUUUAGAGUCAGAAGAGGCUCUGCGUUGUUUUCGCCAAUGUUUUGAACUCAGGGAGAGGCAUGUACUCUUAUGGAUUGAAUACGGGAAUUUUGCUUACAUGAUGCACUCGUUUUACUCGAGAAAUUUGAAAAUGUCCAGCGAUACAUUGUCGAUGGAGCGAUUCGAAGCAAUGGAAAUGAAAAAGGACGAGUGUUUAUCAGCGGCUAGCAGAUGUUUCAAUACCGUUGAAGAAUUCGUCCAUCGUACAGACAUCGUAGACGAUGACCAAGACCAUGAUGAGAAGUGGCUCUACCAUUACAUGCUGGGAAAAAUUGCGGAAAAGCAUAAGGAUCAGCCGGAUAUAUUUUUGGAUCAUUACAAGAAGUCGGCCAGGUGCCUGUAUGAAAACAACGCUUCGUACCCAUUCCGCAUCAACCAUAGCAAUCCAUCGAAUUUGUCCAUCGAGGCUCUGGAAGUCUAUUACCGAAUUACGUCCUCGAUUGUAAAGUACUUGGAGCAGCACUCUGUGGUUAAGAAGUCCGUUGGGAAAUUAUUUCAGAGAGUGCUCAAAGAAGUUGGAAAUAGUCCGUUCGCUCUAAAUCAAGCGAAAAUUGAUAACAACAGCAUUAACGCACUCAAACGGAAAUUGUCAAUAGUAACCGAAGGUCAGGUUGCCAAGCGAAGAACCAUCGAUACACCCACCGAAUCAGAUGAAAACCCGAAGAAAUUACUUUCUUCCGAAUCAUCUCCUGUCCAAAGCACUAAAGCUGACGACGAUGUUAUUAUUAUCGACGAUCCACCUCAAGCAGCAACAGUUGAUGUACAAGCGCCGACUUCUCCGAAAUCGGAUGCAGUCAUUCCUGUUAGCACCGUGCAACAACCAAUCGAUAGCGCAGCACGUCGUCGUUCUCAGGAAAGCAACGUGACUACAACAACGAAUGCAACAACCACAACAACAACUGGAUCAGAUAGCUCAUCAUCGUCCACAUCGGAAUCGAGUAGCAGUGAUUCGUCGUCCGAGUCUGAUUCAUUGAAUUCAAGUGACGAUGAAAAAAGUGCGGAUAGACCACUCAGCGACAGUGAAUUGGAAGUGAUUUAUCGAAUUUGUAUUCGUAACUUGGAAGAGUGUGUAACUCGCUUCCCGGAACACUACAAAUCAAUUUAUAGGCUGGCGAACAUCUAUUUGCACGCAGCAGGAAAAGUUAAGGAUUUGAAGAAGUGCAGGCAAUUAUUGAUCGGGACUUACACCACGGGACUGUCGAAUCCAAUUCAAGGACUAUUCACAGACCGAAAAUUAAAUAAUUUUUUUAGCGGAAUUUGGCGCAUUCCGUCAUCGGAAAUCGACCGACCAGGUAGCUUUUCUGCUCAUAUGUCACGUUGUGUUGUCCUGCUAAUGGAAGUACUGUUACGUUCAUCGGAUCAUAACAUUUUAUUGGAACUUGCGUUGAAUUUAAAUCGCAACCCAGAGAACGACAAGCGUUACAUCAAAGAGGAUGAACGAAAAGAGUUGUUCCAACAAGCCAUUUCGUUCUGCAUCCAGUCAUUCCGUAAUGAAAUUAGCACGAUAAGGGAAUGCCCCAUCGAUAAGCGAGACGACAAAACUCAUCUCUCGUUGCUGAUUGACAUUUUCAAGGCUCAUCAGAAAGCAAUCAAACAUUUGCAGCAAAAGGAAAAUAUGUUUGCGACGCUGCUGGUUGACGGAUACAAAGUGUUUGUCGAGGGAAAGCUCGAAAGACUGCCCGAUAAUGUGGUGGUAUUGGAUGCAGCUAUCAAAUUAUGUCAAUGCGAAAUUGUGUUGCGCAAAGGCAACGGAAAAGCGGGCGCUGAACCUGCUACCGAAUCUUCGUUUCUGAACAGUUUGAAAAUGUUUCCGUCAUUGGCUAAUCUGUCAAGUGGUAACACUGCUAACGCACCAGCUGCAACGACUGUUCCUGUUACGAAAUCGUCAGAUGAUGCAACAGUAGAGGUAACAGCAGCAACGGUUGCCACAACAUCGUCAACUACACCCGUGUCAACAUUCGCUGUACCAUCGACUGCAACAUCCACCAUUUCAACGAUUACGUCAUCAUCGCAACGACCUCGUGGCAGACCAGUUGGCAGUAAAAAUUCUCUUUCGAAAAGUUUGGAUUGGAGUCAAUCGAAAUUGAGCCCAGCUGCAGUCGCAGCUAUGCUAGGCAUUUACAGUAGUCCAUCAAUGGCUACUCAGUAUUCUAGUCCUGCAGAAGUUUCUGCCCUGUUGGAAGAAUACUACAAAUUACAGGCAAGCAUAUCACCAACGUCGUUGUUGAGUGCAAUGGAUAAUAUUGGUGCGGCGUCAGCAAUGUUCGCAUCGCAACCUAAACCAUUUAACGCAGCUACAACCACAAAUAAGCUUCCUAAACUCGAUACGAAAAAAUCCAUUCCCACAUCAUCGGCUGUUGUGCCGAACACGACUUCAACUGUUAUUUCGGUGGGAAGUGGUCAAUUGACCAUAACACCCAGUUCUUACGCAUCAUCAAAAAUCUCCAAAAAUUUCAGACCGCAUGAAAAUCCAUUGACCUGUGACAGUGGCGCGGAUUUUGAUAUAGAAUCUGUGAUACCGAAGUCGGAACUGUUGACGAACAAAAUGUUCUCGGAUAUGUCAAAGAUGAAGCCGAACAUGCAAUUUCCGCAUAUGAGCAAAAAUGUCAAUAUACCGAAAGACUUGCCAAAAUCUUUGACAAUAACACCGGCUCCACCAGCUGGCUACUCGUCAGUCAAUUUCACGAAAAAGAAAGCUACCGACAAUCUUCCACAUGUGACCCUGCACCCAGAGCCGAAAAAACCGAAGAAAACCCAUAAACGAUCUGCAACAGUUCCGUAUAUGGACUUCGCAGGAAAGUCACCUGCUGGAAUGUUUGGAAAUGUUUUGGCUGGUUAUCAACAAAUGCUUAAUAUGAACAUGAUGAGCAUGAUGUCUCAAAAUAUGGUUCCGAACCCGAUGCACAAGCCGGCACCAUUUCCACAAUCUUCAAACAAGCAGCCGAAAACACAAUCUUCUAACAACAGGAAAACCGAUCCGAAAUUCGGAAAACCUUUGCCGUUUCCCGUUUCGAGUAAACAACUUUACGACGCUCAAUCAUCUACAAUGCCAAGCAAUUCACCCAGAAACUUUCCACCGAGUUCAAAUAGUCUUCUGAAAAAUCAGCCUGCCAACAAGAAUCAGCAGCCAGCUCAUCGAAUUGAUUCAUCCCCAAUAAAAUUUAAUACGACGUCAAUGGCAGCGCAUUCACCGCAUAAAUUACCCCCGCCAAUAGCCAGACAACCAUCACCAUCAAUGCAUCAAACCAGCCCACAAAAGACCCUACAGCAGAAAUUAGCUGAACAGCGCCAAAAAUCGCUUCAACAGGAGUCCAAGAAGUAGGAUUAAAUUCUUAAGGCAUUGUCAGUAUCGGCACCACAGACUAAGAUUGAGUUGAAUUAUAUUGUUGGAAACGCGUUACGAAAA